AAAAAAAAAAAAAAAAAAAAAAGUGUCCUGAGCUUUGCCCUUUUGUGUUCCCCUCGAAGCAAAACGUUCCUGUGGGUCUGACCCAGGUGUUUAACUCGCAGCUUUGGCGCAGUGAGAGCUGCCGGGGUGUAUUUGUGCUGCUGGUGUGUGUGCUGAGAGCUCAGGCACAGCCACCUCACCUGUGAUGGUGCUUUUUGAAAGGAGAAGGAAGAUUCUAGUCCUCUCCUGGACUGUAUUUCUCCGUGGCUGUGAUUCAUCUCCACUUCCAGGUGAGGAACGAGGCUUGAGAUCACUGUUUUCUGCUCCAUGUCCUCACUGGGACUGGCCUUGGGGGUAAAACAAGUUCCAUCCUCGUGGCCUGCACCAAAUAACCCUGGGGAGAGGCAGGAGGAAGAAGAAUGUCCCUCCAGAUGGGACAGAGCUCCUGGCAAACCCCUCCCAGGUGUCUCCCAGCUGUGCUGGGUCCCUUGAAAUGGGAAUGCCUGUGGUUGCUCUGCUGAGAUGAAGCAGCCAGAGAACCUUUUGCCUCAUCUUUUCAUGCUUGUUUUUUCUUGAGGUCAGGCAUGGGAGGAAGUUUUCUGCUGGAAGAAUUAAAAAAAAAAAAAAAAAAAAGAGAAGUGUUUGGUUGUUCAGCUCUGAUGUGUCCAGCACUGCAUGAUGGGAACAUCCCCUGCCAAAAGAAAACAGCCUGGAAGACAAAGUCCUCCCAAAAGAGACAGUGAAACCUAAUCAAACUUCAUCAGUGUGGUCUUGCCCAGGACAAACAGGACCAGAAUAUUAAACUGGAAAAGGAGCAGAGGGAAACCUAUUUUCACCAAUUUUCUCUGUGUUACAAAACAGAAGGAGAGGAGUCAAUUGAUUUUCCUGUGGCUGGUAAUGUUUAAAAUGAAGAGCCAGGGUGCAUGGAGUGGCAGGCUGGAAGUAAUGGGUCCCUGGAAUAUCAAUGCUGAUAUCCCCCUGCCCUCCUAAAAUAGUUGUUGGUUUAGAAAAGGGCACAAAUAAAUUUAAAAAAUGAAAGACUCUUGUUAGCAAGGCCACGUUUGGAGGAUGAAGAAAAAGCAAACUCCAGGAUUUGCUGUGGGGGUGUUGUGUUGCCUGGUGCCCCUGAUGUGCUGAAGGAAACUGCUGAUGUAAGAUGCAGCACUUUGGGGGUGAACUUGCUAAACACACUUCUAGGAGCCCCCAGGCUCUUGGAAAACAAAAAGUCUGGGCUUCUCUGGUUCUUGUUGGGCUGCUGGCAUUCCUGUGCCCUCUCCAUUCCUGACAAAGGGCAGGGAGAGGGUGUACAGGGAACACAGGAGGAAUAACUAACUCCUAGCAGGGAAAAUAAAAGGCACCCACCCAGAAAGUCAGAAAGGAAAAGCCAAGGUCAGUCUGUUUUCCCAUGAUGGGUUGGAGCUCUGCCUGUCCUACCUGAGUCUUGCUGCAGGCUGGAAAAUCAGCUCUAAUGUGGCUCUGCUGGUGGCAUCCUUCACCCCUCAGCUGCUAUUCCACCUCUCCCUCUCUCAUCUGACGUGGAUCUGAACGCAAUGAAAGUGGUUGAAUUCUUUUCCCAGGGUACAGAAAAUGAGGAACUUUGGUCAGCUCACCCCAGCUACUCCCACAGCCCAGAGCUAGCUGUGUAUCAUCUAUCAGCCCAGAUGCCAGGGGCAGGGAAAAUCCCUGUGGAAAUUGCAGGUUAUAGGAGUGAAAACAGUAAUAACACUCACACCAGUCCCCCAGUGAGACUCCCCACCAGCAGCAGCCAGCCCUUCCAGAGCAGGUGGAAACAGGAACAGCAAGGAAAGCUUCCCUGGGAGAUCUGGAGAGAGAACACUGGACUGGGAGGAAGGGGCUCAGUUCUUCUGAGGGUUGGGUUUUCUUUCCCCUGAGCAGCACAGCAGCGAGCCCAGCUCCGGCUCGCUGGCAUUUCCAUCUGAAUCCACCUGAAGGGGGUGAGCUUUUGGGGAAGAAAGAGGCUCCUCUCCCUCUCCAGGCCAGAAUCUGAUCUCCAGAUUAGCUUGUUGGUUAUCAAUAGAGGCAACAGUUGUGAUUGCAACUCAACACUGCUCCAGCCCUGGAAGAGCAUUGACAGAAAGGGAGUUUUCAAUUGGGAGAGCAGGGGACUGAGCCAUCCUUUCAGUCCCCAGCAAGGAUUGGCACGGGAGGACCGGCAUGCAUUCUCCAUUGACAUAGGACUUCACCCUGCUCCACCAAGAUUGGUCUAAAAUUUCAGACCUGAUCGCACCUCUAGUCCACGAAACAGGAUGAACAAACGAUCGUUUCUGGGAACCUGGGUGGCCCUUUUGGUGAUAACAGCCCGGCAGCGAGCUCACACCAUGGGGAGUCUGUAUCCAUUCUGGCAGAACGACACAAGAACACCCAAAGUUGAUGAUGGAAGCUCUCCCGAGAUCAGGAUCUCCGUCCCUUUCAUCUAUUUUGGAGUCCCCUACAGAAGCAUUUAUGUGAACAACAACGGGGUGAUCUCCUUCAACACGCUGGUCAGCCAGUUCACCCCCGAGACCUUCCCGCUGGCCGACGGCCGCGCCUUCGUGGCGCCGUUCUGGGCCGACGUGCACAACGGCAUCCGGGGGGACGUCUACUACAGGGAGAGCACGGACCCCAGGCUGCUCAGGAGAGCCUCCAAGGACGUCCACAAGCACUUCAAGGACAUGGCCUCCUUCUCUGCCACCUGGGUCUUCAUUGUCACCUGGGAGGAGGUCACGUUCUACGGGGGCAGCAGCACGACCCCGGUGAACACUUUCCAAGCUGUCCUGAUCUCAGAUGGAGUGUCUUCCUUUGCCAUAUUUAACUACCACGAAAUCAGCUGGACCACGGGGACAGCCAGUGGAGGGGACCCCCUGACUGGUCUCGGUGGGGUGAUGGCCCAGGCUGGUUUCAAUGGAGGAAACCUCACCAACUUCUUCAGCCUCCCGGGCUCCAGAACUCCAGACAUUGUGAAUAUCGAAGAGACAACCAACGUGAACGUCCCUGGGCGCUGGGCUUUCAAAGUAGAUGGCAGAGAAAUAGACCCUGCCAAUGGCUGCAGCCUGAGAGGGCAGUUUCUCCGCCAAGGGGAGAUCUUUUGGGACAACGCCAACUGCAGCACCAAGUGCCGCUGCCUGGACUUCAGCAAUGAGAUCCUCUGCCAGGAGGUGGCUUGCGGCCCCUUUGAGGCGUGUGAGAGCAAGGCCAGGUUCUUCCAGUGCGUGCCGGUGGAGAGCAGCACCUGCGUGGUGUUCGGAGAUCCUCAUUACCACACCUUCGACGGCUUCCUCUUUCACUUCCAGGGUUCCUGCUCCUACCUCCUCGCCAGGCAGUGCUGGCCAGGCUCCCACCUGCCCUACUUCAACGUGGAGGCCAAGAAUGAGAACCGAGGCGGCUCCUCCGUCUCCUGGCUCAGGGAUAUUUUUGUGGAGGUCUACUCGCACAAGAUUGUUCUCCCCAAGGGUGGCUUUGGGAAGGCAAAGGUGGAUGACCUGGUGGUGUCCCUGCCCAUCUCUCUGGAACUGGGUGCUGUCAAAGUCUACCAAAGUGGCCUGUCCACCGCCCUGGAGACUGACUUUGGCCUGCUGGUGACCUUUGAUGGAGAACACUACGCCUCUGUCUCCGUGCCGGGCUCGUACAUCAAUGCCACGUGCGGUCUGUGUGGGAAUUACAACAAAGACCCCGAGGACGAUAUCCUCCGCUCAGAUGGGAGGUUGGCCACGUCCGUGCCAGAGCUGGGAGAGAGCUGGCAAGUGCCACAUCCCGAGAGGAGAUGCUCCACGGGCUGCUUGGAAAACUGCAGCCUCUGCGACGCCGCCACCGAGUCCCUGUAUUUCACCCCCGAGUACUGCGGCUUCAUCAACAAGACUGGGGGCCCUCUCUGGGAGUGCAGCUCGGUCGUGGACCCCACUGCCUUCAUCCACAGCUGUGUCUAUGACCUCUGCAGUGCCCCUGUGCCAAGGGAUAACGGCACUGGGCUGUGCCAGGCCAUCCAGGCGUACGCCACGGUGUGCCAGUCCCUGGGCAUCUCGGUGGGAGAGUGGCGGACACAGACGGGGUGUGCAACAGCCGUGCAGUGCCCAGAGCUCAGCCACUACUCGGUGUGUGCCAGCAGCUGCCCUGCCACGUGCUCAGACCUCACAGCCCCGCUGGCCUGUGCCUCCCCCUGCACCGAGGGCUGUGAGUGCGACGAGGGCCACGUGCUGAGCCGGGACCGCUGCGUGCCCGUCCCGCAGUGCGGCUGCGACGUGGACGGGCGGUACUACCCCGUCGGGGAGUCCUUCUGGGCAUCCACGGACUGCACCGUGCGGUGCCAGUGCGAGGAUGGAGGGGAGGCCAAGUGCUUCAACACCACCUGCCCCGAGGGAGAGAUCUGCACCAUCGAGGGCGGCCACCGCGGGUGCUUCCCCCGGCGGGAGACCGUGUGCUUGGUGGGGCAGAGCCAGGUGCUGCAGACGUUCGAUGGCAUCACCUUCCCCUACCCGCUGGAACAGUCCUACACGCUGCUCAAAACCUGCCCGGAGAGGCCAGACUUCAUCGAGGUGGACAUCAGCCAGAAGAAGGUGGGAUCUGCUCCCAACGGGCCACGCGUGCUGCGGGUCCAGGCAGCCGGCCAGGAGGUGAAGAUUGGAGGCACCCGCCUGUCAGACAUUAAGGUGAACGGUUAUGAUGUUGAGCUGCCCUAUUUCCACCCCUCUGGACGCCUGGAAAUCUACCGUGGAGACAAUGGCACCAUGCUGGAGUCAGAGGGGCUCUUGGCCAUCAGCUACUACGGCUCAGGGCUCCUGGAGAUCCGCCUCUCCACCUCCUACUUCAACUGCACCGGGGGCCUCUGCGGCCUCUUCAACGGCAACGCCAGCGAUGAGUUCAACCUGCCCACGGGCAAAUUCACGGACAACCUGGAGCUCUUCCUGGAGAGCUGGACCACCUUCGACGAGAUCUGCAACGGGGAGUGCGGGGACCUCCUCAUGGCCUGCAACAACGACUCGGAGCUGCUCAAGUCCUACCGGAGCCGCUCCAACUGCGGCAUCAUCAACGACCCCACCAACAGCUCCUUCCUGGAGUGCCACAGCGUGGUCAACGUCUCAGCCUACUACAGGACGUGCCUCUUCCGCCUCUGCCAGAGCGGGGGCAACGUGUCAGAGCUGUGUGACUCGGUGGCACGCUACGCCAGCGCCUGCAAGAACGCCGACGUGGACAUCGGCCAGUGGAGGAGCCACAGCUUCUGCCCUCUGGCCUGCCCGGAGAACAGCCACUUUGAGGAGUGCAUGAGCUGCGUGGAGACCUGUGAGAGCCUGGCCUCGGGCCCCGUGUGCACGGACACCUGCACCGAGGGCUGCCAGUGCGACGAGGGCUUCGCCCUGCGCGGCGCCCGCUGCAUCCCGCGCGGGGAGUGCGGCUGCAGCUUCGAGGGGCGGCAGCUGGCCACCAACCAGACCUUCUGGAUGGACAUCUCCUGCCACUUCCUCUGCUACUGCAACGGCUCCGACAACAGCGUGUACUGCGAGAAUGUCUCCUGCAAGGACGACGAGUACUGCCUGGAGGAGAACGGCCUCUACUACUGCCACGCCCGCACCGACGCCUCCUGCAUCAUCUCCGGCUAUGGCCACUACCUGACUUUUGACGGCUACUCCUUCGACUUCCAGAGCAGCUGUGAGUUGAUCCUGUGCACCACGAUCUCCAGGCCCAGGGUGGAGCGCUCGGACACGUUCCCAGCGUUCACUGUCACGGCCAAGAAUGAGGACCGGGACACCUCUCUGGCCCUGUGGGUGAAGCAAGUGGAAGUGGAGGUCUUUAACUACAACAUCGUCAUCCACCGUGCCUACAAAUACACCGUGCUGAUCAAUGAUGAGCGUCUCUACCUACCCCUGAAGCUGGGCCAGGGCAAAGUGAACAUCUUUGCCUUCGGCUUCCACAUCGUGGUUGAGACCGACUUCGGGCUGAAGGUGGUGUACGACUGGAAGACCUUCCUCUCCGUCACCAUCCCACGGGGCUUCCAGAACCUCACCUACGGCCUCUGUGGCCGCUACAACGGCAACCCCGAGGACGACCUGGUGGCCUCUGGUGGCACAAUGGCCACCAGCAUCGCUGACUUUGUCCAGAGCUGGGCCAAGAGGGACACGUUCUGCCGCGUGGGCUGCGGCGACCGCUGCCCGGCCUGCGGGAAGGUGGAAGGCUUCUGGAAGCCCCAGCAGCUCUGCAGCCUCAUCCCGAGCCAGAGCGGGGUCUUUGCCAAGUGCCACAGCAAGAUCAACCCCGGCUUCUUCUACAAGAACUGCCUGUUUGACACCUGUGUGGAUGGGGGAGCCAUGCAGACAGCCUGCAGCUGGCUGCAGAACUACGCCAGCACGUGCCAGACGCAGGGGAUUGCCAUUACUGGCUGGAGGAACUUCACCUCGUGCUCUGUCAGCUGCCCCCCCAACAGCCACUACGAGAGCUGCGUGUCCCUGUGCCAGCCCCGCUGUGCCGCCAUCCGGCUCAAGAGCGACUGCAGCCACUACUGUGUGGAGGGGUGUCAGUGUGACCCCGGCUAUGUCCUCAAUGGCAAGAGCUGCAUCCUGCCCCACAACUGUGGCUGCUACUCCGAUGGCAAGUACUACGAGCCCAAGCAGCUCUUCUGGAACGGGGACUGCACCCGCCGGUGCCGCUGCUUCCGGCGCAACCUGAUCCAGUGCGACCCUCGGCACUGCAAGUCGGACGAGGAGUGUGCCCUGCGCAACGGCGUCCGCGGCUGCUUCAGCACCCGCAGCUCCUUCUGCCUGGCGGCGGGAGGGGGCGUGUUCCGCACCUUCGACGGCGCCUUCCUCCGCUUCCCCGCCAACUGCGCCUUCGUCCUCUCCACCAUCUGCCAGAAGCUGCCCGACUUCUCCUUCCAACUCAUCAUCAACUUCGACAAGUGGUCCUCGCCCAACCUCACCAUCAUCUCCCCCGUGUACUUCUACAUCAACGAGGAGCAGAUCCUCAUCAGUGACAGGAACACUGUCAAGGUGAACGGCAGCCAGGUGAGCAUCCCCUUCGUCACGGGGCUCUCCACCAAGAUCUUCAGCCAGGAGGGCUUCCUGGUCAUCGACUCCAGCCCGGACAUCCAGAUCCGCUACAACGGCUUCAACGUCAUCAAGAUCACCAUCGGGGAGCGGCUGCAGAACAAGGUGUGCGGCCUCUGCGGCAACUUCAACGGCGACCGGACGGACGACUACGCGACGCUGCGGGGGAAGCCGGCGGUCAGCAGCGUGGUGCUGGCCCAGAGCUGGAAAACCAACGGCAUGCAGAAGAGCUGCAACGAGCUGCAGUACUCGCAAUACGCCGCCUCCUGCGACAACGUCCAGAUCCAGGAGCUGCAGAGCGACAGCUACUGCCUCAAACUGACGGACAUGAAGGGCUUCUUCCAGCCCUGCUACGGCCUCCUGGACCCGCUGCCCUUUUAUGAGUCCUGCUUUCUGGACGGCUGCUACAACCACAAGAAGGUCCAGCUGUGCGGCUCGCUGGCCGCCUACGGGGAGGCCUGUCGCACCUUUGGCAUCCUGGGCACCGAGUGGAUCGAGAAGGAGAAUUGCUCAGGAGUGGUGGAAGAUCCCUGCGUGGGCGCCGACUGCCCCAACCGCACGUGCGAGCUGGACAACGGCGGGGAGCUGUGCGGCUGCAUCGAGCCCCCGCCCUAUGGGAACACCACCCACGACAUCAUUGAUGCGGAGGUGACCUGCAAAGCCGCCCAAAUGGAGGUGUCCAUUUCCAAGUGCAAACUGUUCCAGCUGGGCUUUGAGCGUGAGGGGGUGCGGGUCAACGACCGCCACUGCCCCGGCAUCGAAGGGGAGGACUUCAUCUCCUUCCAGAUCAACAACACCAAGGGCAACUGUGGCAACCUGGUGCAGUCCAACAGCACACACAUAGUGUACAAGAACACGGUGUGGAUCGAGAGUGCAAACAACACAGGCAACAUCAUCACCCGGGACCGGACCAUCAACGUGGAGUUCUCCUGUGCCUAUGAGCUGGACAUCAAGAUCUCCUUGGAUUCAGUUGUGAGGCCGAUGCUCAGUGUGAUUAACCUGACGGUGCCGACGCAGGAGGGGAGCUUCACCACCAAGAUGGCCCUGUACAAGAACUCGUCCUACAAGCACCCUUACCGGCAGGGCGAGGUGGUGCUCACCACCCGGGACGUGCUCUACGUGGGGGUCUUUGUGGUCGGGGCCGACUCCAACCACUUGAUCCUGAUGCUGAACAAGUGCUACGCGACCCCCUCCCGGGACAGCAACGACAAACUGCGCUACUUCAUCAUCGAGGGAGGGUGCCAAAACAUAAAGGACAACACCAUUGGCAUCGAGGAGAACGGGGUGUCCUUGACGUGUCGCUUCCACGUCACCGUGUUCAAGUUCAUCGGGGACUACGACGAGGUUCACCUGCACUGUGCUGUCUCACUCUGUGACUCGGAGAAAUACUCCUGCAAAAUAAACUGCCCCCAGCACACGAGGAUGGCCAGCGCGUUCGCCGAGGAGUCCAAGGAGCAGAUCCUCUCAGUGGGGCCUAUCAGGAGGAAGCGGUCGGACUGGUGCGAGGACAACGGGGGCUGUGAGCAGAUCUGCACGAGCCGGGCGGACGGACCCCUGUGCAGCUGCGUGACAGGGACACUGCAAGGGGACGGCAAGAGCUGCAGGGCCUCCAGCUCUUCAGGGGAGCACCGUGCCCAAGUGACCCCUCUGGUGGUGGCCCAGCUGUGGCUGUGGCUGCGCGCGGCUCUGCGGGACCUGACCUCGUAGGCGCGGCUCUGCCGCCCCGCCAAAAACUGUUCUCGCGUCAGCCUGAGUCUUUGUAGGGUAGGAGACAGCCCCCCCACAGUGGCCACGCUGCCUCCAACCCUCUGCUGUGAGGAGAGAAGAGGGAUGUGACCCGGAGAGAGCUCGGACGUGAAGGUGGCACGUGGCGGGCGCAGCGGCAGCAACGGCGAGACAGAGCUGGAUGUCUGCCCGUGGGACUGGGCUUUGGGGUUUUUUUUUACAGGUUUAUAUCAUUGGUGUGGACUCAAGGAGGGGUUUUUGCAGCUUUUCCCCAGGCUUUCCCUUCCAGCUGCACUGUAGGUGGUCCACUCCGCUGUCAGUAGCGUGGGACAGGCCGGAGCGUGUGUCCCUUUGCACGGACAGCUGUGGGUCUCCACAGUCCUUGGGAGCUGCCAUCAGGGUUUUGGGAGCUCGUGGACUCAGCCAGAGGUAGGUGUUGGGGCACAGGUUGUGGGCCAGAGCAGUGCAUUGUCACCACUGGAUGUUGUGACACCUUGGGACCGUGUCACCCUCUGCCUCUCCGGUGCUGAGGUGUGUGCUGGAGAGCCAAACUCACCCCCAGGGCUCUGGAAGUCUUGGUUUUGUGCUGCAGUGCUUGACAAGUCAGUCUCAAUAUUUGGAAAGAGGUGCUUUCUGGUGGGCAGGAACAAGAGCCAGGGAAAUGGGGGGUGGAAUUCCCUGCUGUGUUUUUGUGAUGGGCCGCGGCAGAGUUGUUUGAGGGUCAGAGCAGGGUUGGGGUCUGCUUGCACAGGGCAGCAGCAUUGGGGUGCCUGGUGGAGCAGCCUUGGGGUGCUGGUGGGUGUGGGGGGGCUGUGUUGGUGUCUUGUCUUGUGUUUGUACUCUGUGAAACGGCUGCGUGGGAAUAAAAAGUGUUGUAAUCCUUGGUAAGCGCCGUGGUCCCGUGUGGUGGUGGCCAGGACCGAGAGAGGCAGCUGGGCCUGGAAGGGCUCUGGGGGUGGAACGAGUCCCUGGGAGGGUGGGCAGGGUUUUGGGGUGCCAGGCAGAGGCUGCAAAGGGGUCACAGCAGAGCGGAGGGUCUGGGUUGGGGCAGGUUUGCCAUGAGAUGGGCUGGGAUGCCGGGCUGAAGGUGCAGAGGAGAUGGGUUCUGGGGCAGGAGGAGGGCACUGGUUCCCCUUGCCUCAAGGGGAGAGGUGUUGUGGACUCCUUUUGUCCUCUGCACCUCAUGCCCUCUGUGUUUUAGCUCUCAGUUCUCUCCUUCAUCCCUCUUUUCUACCUCUCUGCUGCCUCAUUCCCCCCUCUCUCUGUGCUCCCUCUUUGUGCCUCUUCACUCUCUGCUUGGUCUCUGCUCCCUGUUUGUGCCUCUCCUCUCUGCCCUG